UAGUGGACAAAUUGAUAUAAUAUGCCAUGAAUUUAAAAAUGUUUCAAAAAAUUCUCUUCUUAAUGAAUCUGCACUGUCUUUAUUUCAAGUGCAGAUUGAAAGACACAAUAAAAUUAUUUCAUUUUCCGAGAAUGUCGAGAAACUCUUUUCUUUUAUAUCCUUGAUGCAAGUUUUUUGGAAUACCUUAGUUAUUUGCUGUCUAGGAUUUUUUCUCAUAAUUUCCUUUCAUAACGAAAAUGGUGUUUUCGUGUUAUUGAAAACCAUGCUUUCUUACUUCGGCAUAAUGACUGAAGUGUUUAUCAUUUGCUUUGCCGGAGAACAUCUUAUUUUUAAAAGUAAAUUAAUUUCUAAUGCAAUAUAUGAAACAAUGUGGUAUAAUAUGCCGUCACGCCAAAGUAAAAUUAUAAUAUUCAUAAUAAUGAGAUCUCAGAAGCGAUUGGCAAUUACAGCAGGAAAAAUGAUGGAUAUGUCUUUCGAAACUUUUACGAAUAUCAUGAAAGCAUCAGUAUCGUACAUAUCCGUUUUAAACGCUUUGUCUUGAUAACAUAUAAAACGUUAUA